AUGAAUCGCCGUAACCGUGCUGGUCCGUGCCGCCAGAUGGAUGUGGAUCGGCAACGGAACCAGCCCAGCCACCGCCCACCGGAAGGUACGGUGACGAUUGACGAAGCGGCGCGGGCGUUGGUGGUUGUGCGCCGGCCCGGGCGGGCUGCCGUGCGCGAGCCUGUGACGGACGGAACGGAACGCGUCACGAGGAAGAGGGCGUCUCUACCUUUUUCCCCACAGGCCACAGCAGCAGAGCAGCGCGUGGCGAGAGCUAGGAGGAGAGGACGGAGCCUCAAAAGACGCGUGGGCAGAGCGAGGAAUCUCUCUGCUUGUUGCAGACAAGACGAAACGGCGCCAACGCACCGGUGCGCCAACCAAGGCGCAUGUCGUUUACUUGCUAGUACUCUACUUGCUGGGUGUUGCUGUGCCUGUGCUGGCUGGCACUGGCACCCGUCCCCAACGGCGGGCAGGGGCCAAGAGACGACAGGAGAGGGGAGGGAAGCGCUGCCUUGUCUCACCGGCGGUAGGUGA